CGUUAACUUCUCACUCAAACGUAAUACUGACUUCGAAAACCAUGGCGAAACCGGUAACAGAUGAGGUAUCUCUUUUGGAAAGAACCUUGCAGGUGUUUGUGCCGCAACCCUGCUACGAUGAAUUCUUUGUCAACUUAAAUUUCUUAGAUGCCUACUGUCAGAAAGUGGUCCUUAGUAAAUGUCUUGGUUACGGUAUCAUUCUUGGUGCUGUAUUAGUAAAACUGCCACAGAUUUUAAAGAUUUUCAAAGCCAAGAGUGCUGAAGGCAUUAGUUUUAUCAGCGUACUGUUUGAGUUGAUAGCUGUGUCUGCCACCACUACAUAUGGAUAUGCCAUGAAAUUUCCAUUCAGUUCCUAUGGGGAGGGUAUAUUCCUGGUACUGCAGACAGCAGCCAUUGUGUACUUGGUAUUGUACUACAGGAAGCAGCAGGCCUUACUCUUCCUUGUGAUCUAUACGCUGUGCAUGGCCUACCUGCUUUCACCAGUUGUCUCCAUUCAGCUGUUGUCUGUCUUCCAAAGCGCCAACAUUGUUGUAGUCAUACUCAGUAAAAUGAUACAGGCCUUAACUAAUUUUAGGAAUGGCGGUACAGGACAGUUAUCUGCCAUCACAGUGACCUUGUUAUUCACUGGAUCCCUGGCCCGCAUAUUUACUUCCCAGCAAGAAACCGGUGACACUUUGAUAAUUAUGAGUUUUGUGGUCUCAUCCGUCUGUAACGGCCUCAUUUUGGCCCAAAUACUGUACUACUGGAACAGGAAACCAAAGGCAGACUAAUGACAUCGGAUGUAGGACAGAGUUAUCAUUGAACAGCAGUAAUGUCAGGACAUUGUUUAUACAGAAAACAUGUUCAUUUUUAGGAGAAUUUUAUACAUUUACUAUGUGAUUUUCAAAAUGAUGUUGAAAGGACCAAAAUAAAUAUUGAACAUUC